AUGAUAAUUAAAACCGAUUUUACUUCAUCUUCAUUUAUAAAACAAGAUUUAUUUCGAUCUGCUCCAAAUAGCUUACACAUUGUUUACCAAUUAAUUCCAAUCCUAUGUGAAACUGAUGAUCUUUUAGACCGAAAAGAAAUUCGACAUGGACAAUUGCAAUUAGAACAUAAUAAUUCUAUUAAUUGUUUAAACGAUAAAACAACAUCAAUUAAUUGCAAUAAUAAUCAUUUACCGAAUUCUGUCUUAUCAGCAACUAUAUCAAAAAUAUUAAUUGAUAUGUUCGUUAAAGAUUCAAUCAAAUUUUAUGGUGAACAAGGAACUGUCCAUGUUGUAAUUGGUAUAGGUGAUGCUAUAACAAAAAUUAAACCAAAGGAAAAAUUCAUAUUAUUUAAUGUUAAUGGUCAUAAAAUUAUGAUACCUAUGGAUAAAAAAAUAGCACCUAUUGAUAUUCCUGUAAAAUUACGAAAUUCUAUGAAAACACUAGAUAAACAGUUAAAUACAAUUACUACACCAUCUCAAUUUACUACAACUCAACAAGAAGCUUUUUAA